UUGUCAGGCAUGUGAUGUGAAACUGAUCAGCUGACCCGUAUAGUUCUACUUCCUCUUCUGGGCUGUGUGCAUGUGUGUGCCGUGCGAGUAAUGAACUAGAAGAUGGGCACUUUGUAUGAGAGGAGAAGGAUGAGUUGUGUGGGCUCUCCGGGAACAUGGCUGUAUCUGCUCUUCUCAGCUUCCCUGUGUUUAUCGGCUGUGGAGGGGGAGUCCCGGAGACCGAACAUAGUGCUGAUCCUCACAGAUGACCAGGAUGUCUCCUUGGGUGGCAUGACUCCGUUGAAAAAGACUAAAGAACUGCUUGGAGAUCAUGGUGUUACUUUUACCAAUGCGUAUGUUGCCAGUGCUCUGUGCUGCCCAAGCAGGGCCAGCAUUCUGUCUGGAAGAUACCCACAUAACCACCAUGUUGUCAACAACACAAUAGAAGGGAACUGCAGCAGCAAAGCCUGGCAAAAGACCCAGGAGCCAUUCGCUUUUCCGGCUCUUCUGUAUUCCAUUGGCUACCAGACUUUCUUUGCUGGAAAGUACCUAAAUCAGUAUGGAGCAGACGAUGCAGGUGGAAUGGGCCAUGUGCCUCCUGGCUGGAAUUACUGGUUCGGGUUGGAGAAGAAUUCAAAGUACUACAACUAUACCAUGUCGGUGAAUGGUCAUUCUAAGAGCUUUGGACAGAACUACAGUGUGGAUUACCUAACUGAUGUCUUGGCCAAUUUUUCCUUGGAUUUCUUUAAUCAUAAAUUUAAUCACGUGCCAUUCUUUAUGAUGAUUUCCACCCCAGCUCCACAUUCUCCCUGGACACCAGCUCCACAGUAUGCAAACUCAUUCCAGAAUGUCAGUGCACCCCGCGGUGGCAGCUUCAAUGUUCAUGGCAAGGACAAGCAUUGGUUAAUAAAACAAGCAAAAACACCUAUGUCAAACGCCUCUAUUCAGUUCCUAGACGACGCUUAUCGGAAAAGGUGGCAAACUCUGCUGUCUGUUGAUGACCUGGUGGAGAAACUUGUAAAAGAGCUCCAGAAUCGGGAUGAGCUGAAUAAUACAUUUAUCUUCUUCACAUCUGACAAUGGAUACCACACAGGUCAGUUCUCACUUCCAAUAGACAAAAGGCAGCUGUAUGAGUUUGAUAUUAAAGUUCCACUACUUGUUCGUGGACCUGGCAUCAAGCCUAACCAAAUAAGCAAGGCACUUGUAGAAAACAUUGAUCUCGCUCCAACCAUUCUGGAUAUUGCUGGCUUUGACCUCAAUAAGACCCAGAUGGACGGGAUGUCUUUCCUCCCAAUUUUGAGAAAUCAGAAUGUUACUCAGAGAACAGAUAUAUUGAUUGAAUAUCAAGGAGAAGGAUCUAAUCGUACUGAUCCCUCAUGUCCAGAGCUAGGACCCGGUGUCUCCCAAUGCUUUCCAGACUGUGUAUGUGAAGAUGCUUAUAACAACACAUAUGCUUGUGUGAGGACAAUUUCAGAAGCUGAAAACUUGCAGUACUGUGAAUUUAAUGGACCACAGCUCUUUGUGGAGGUCUACAACCUGACAGCAGAUCCACACCAGUUGACAAACAUUGGUAAAACGAUCGAACAGCAGAUCCUUGAGAAGAUGAACCACCGUCUGAUGAUACUGCAGUCGUGUAGCGGAGCUUCAUGCCGAUCUCCAGGAGUUUUUGAUCCUAGGUAUCAGUUUGACCCAGGAAUGAUGUUUAGGAAUCGAGAUCAGCAAGGCCACCUUUUGUCCCGGAAGUCUUUGCUUUAGAAUAUAUUAUCUCCUCACUUAUCUCUGGUGAAGUAAUUGAGCUGCUCUCUGCCAGCCUUGAAGGCUUCAAUGAUUUGGCUUAUCUGUGUCAUUUUUGUGCAGGACCUAAUCAAACACCAGCUGGCGAUGUGAAAUCUGUGGCUAUGUCAGUGAAUUCCUAAAACUCUAUAUGUCCUCACAGUUGGGCUUCAUUCUCACUGCUGUGAUUGGUUGGUUAGAGAUAUUUGACCAUUAUAAUCUCAUAGAUAAAGGGAACCUUUGCCACUUUAUACUUCUCAAAGGCAGUCCCCAAAACAUUGAAGCUCUCUUUGAUAAUUAACUAAUUAUCAAUGCUAAACUCUAUUGCUGCACUAAAUGCGUCUCAAGUAAAUUAUUUUUUUAAUGAGAUGAGACUAUUUUUGUUAAGAAAAAAAUACUGUAAUUCUGCAGUUUAAAACCACUAAGAACUUGUUGGUUCCCAGGAGCCAGAAUUGGUUCUAAAGUUGCUUCACUGUUUUGGCAGUUUUUGUAAAGCAUCUUCGUGUAUCUAAGAUAAGCCAAUUGGGAACAUCCAUCUAAUUUAUAGAACAUCCCUUUUCUGAAGAAAGUCUCUGAAUUGUCAUUGACAGAAAUCUAGCCCUGAUCAGAAAGUGAUAAUGAUUGGUUUUAAAAAACGUAACCUCAGGCUUCAAGUUUGACUGAGGCUUUACAAGUGGUACAGUCCAAUUGAAGUGUUUCUAUAGUGUGAUAAUAAAAUAAUAGCGAUUUUGGCUAUUUGCCUAUGUGUGAUGGUGCUUCUGAAUAAUCUGUUUGGAGACUAACCUAUUUUAUUUUCCGCAUAAAACCCAUUUUUGUAUUGUAUAUGCAUUUUUCUAUACAAGCUGAUAAUGCAAAGAUGACUCAAGAAUUAUUAUUUUUAUUUUACCCCUAAAGUCAGUACUUUCUAAAGCCAUCCCAUAAUUAUUACAUACACUUAAUGUUUGUGUGUCAGGUACUUCAUAUCUAUGUUCUUGACGGUGUCCCCCACCAUCCUAAUCUUCGAACUUUGUAAAUUGAAGAUCUAUUUUUCAUGAUUCGUUGUUCUUUUUUGGUAGCAGCCUAUAAUUUGAGUAAGGGAAUAUAGGUUUCAUUUUAUAGGAGAGUUCAUUCAACAUUUCUCAGUGUACUCAAAAUCCAAAAUUGAGGUAUAUAUAGUGUGUGUCAUUUCUACUUUUCCCAUAGCCAUAACCAAUGUUCAUAAAUGCCCAAUUAUGCCUUGCACCAACUUGCCCACCAAAUGAUCCUUCAGAACCUCGGUGUUCUGUCCUCGGUCUUGCAUCUCUAUAUGUACAUAUUUUAUUGUUCAGCUUGUCCUAUGGGUUUUUAAACUGAAAAUGUAUAAGCAACAUGGCUAUCCCAAAUGUUUAUUGAACUUCAGAACAGCUAAAACUUUCUGAAGGGUACAGGAUUUUUAUUGCAGUUAGCUAGCUUCAUCUCCCCUUGUUACAUGGCUUAGAGAUGACCCAGUCACCCAGCCAACUGAUAUCCGUUUACCACCAAACACAUUUUGUGAAUUGCACCUUUCCUCCUUCAUAUUUUUUUUUUU